UGGCCACUAGUCUUUGGUCACCUCUGUCCUGAGGACGAGAUUAUGGCGGUCUGCUUCAUCUUUUUCUAAAUCUCGUCCAAGGAGCUCGUUCUACCACUUUUUUUGUAAAGAAGAAAAACAUUCCAAAUAAGAUUUGAACAAAUUUCAACGACGCUAUAAAAUGUAUGCCGGAAAUAAUGUGGCGGGGGUUUUGGUUUUUUGUUUUAAAUGAUUUUCUUCAGUGACUCCAGUGUUGGUGAAUGAAUCCCUAGCGGAUGUGUGUGGCCUCUGUCACCACCUCGCAGUUUCAGAGGGAGUUGAGCAGCUUUCUCUGGCGCUGCUCGGUGGUCGGAGCGCCUUCUGUCAGCUCACUGGCCGCCCAGCACCAAUCCCGGUCCUCUCAUUCUGUAUGAUGCUCUGCCCUAUAAAGCCCACGGGCCAGGGGGGAGUGGAUGUGUGCUUCUGAAUGGAGGACUGCCUUUGUGUGCUGCAGGCCUGAGGGCUGUGAAUGUGUAAAUGCUCCUGAUUUUCACAAUCAAUAAAAUAAUCCAGAAACUCAUACCAACUGUCACUGGUGUUGUUUUAUUAGACUUGUUAACGUGCGUAUAUAUCUAUAUCUAUAUCUAUAUAAAAAACGUGAUCUCAGACUGGUUGACCCUCCUGUCCACGAGAGGGCGACAGUGAAUCAAACCCGGAACCCGAGCUGCAGCUCGGCUGUUAUUAUUAACCUCUGACCAGAAGAGCCGGUGGAUGUUUACGGAACGAUAAUGUUUACAAUCAAGGCAUAAGGAUCACUGAUCGGUCAUGCCGUACCUGGGUGGCGAGGAGACGGUGAAGGAGCUGAGGAGAGCCCUGUCCAACCCCCACGUCCAGGGAGACCCCCUCCGCCACAGGUCAACCGUGCUCAGGGUCAUCAGAGUGAUGUCGCAGGGCGUGGACGUGGCAGGUCUGUUCAGUGAGAUGGUGAAGGCGUGCGCCACGACGGACGUGGUCCAGAAGAAGCUGGUGUACGUGUUCUUGUGUUCCUACGCCAGCCUCAACCCAGAGCUGUCCCUGCUGGUCAUCAACACGCUGAGGAAGGACUGCCAAGACCCCAACCCCAUGGUGCGCAGCCUGGCCCUGAGGAACAUGACCAACCUCAGGUUGCCCAGCCUGGUGGAGUACGUGCAGCAGCCCCUGACGGCGGGGCUGAGGGACCGGGCGGCCUGCGUUCGACGGGUGGCCGUGCUGGGCUGGGCCAAACUCCACAGCCUCCAGCCCCACGCCGACAUAGACGCUGCGGUGGUCAACGAGCUGUACAGCAUGCUGAGGGACAACGACCCGGUGGUGAUGGUCAACUGUCUGCGGGCGCUGGAGGAGAUCCUGAAGGAGGAAGGGGGCGUGGCCGUGAACAAAGCCAUCGCACACCACCUCCUCAACAGGCUGAAGGAGUGUGACGUGUGGGGGCAGUGUGAGGUGCUCGGCGUGCUGCAGCGCUACCGGCCCCACUCCGAGGAGGAGCUCUUUGACAUCCUGUCCCUGCUGGACCCCUGCCUGCUCAGCCCCAGCGUGCCCGUCAUGGCCGCCACGCUGGGCCUCUUCCUCAGCCUGUGCUGCCGGGGCCUUCCGGCCGUCAGCCUGGCCGCCCUGCGGCGGGCGCAGGGCCCCCUGCUGGCCGCCUGUGGCAGUGCGUCCCCAGAGAUGAAGUUCACCGCCCUGUGUCACGUCCAGCUGCUGCUGCGGUCGCUGCCCGGGCUGAUGGGCGAGCACUACAAACGCUUCUUCUGCGGCUACGCCGAGCCGGCCUACAUCAAACAGAGGAAGAUGCAGGUCCUGGUGGAGCUGGUGAACGACGACAACGUGGGCUUUGUGCUGGACGAGCUGAAGGGCUACUGCACCGACGUCAGCCCCGACACGGCCCAGGCCGCUAUCUCUGCCAUCGGCCGAAUCGGGCGUAGCUACAGCGACCAAUGCUUGGAGAUCCUGACCGGUCUGCUGGGGCUGAAACAAGAACACAUCACCUCUGUGGUGGUGCAGACCAUGAGGGACCUGGUGUGGGUGUGUCCCCAGUGCAGUGAGUCUGUGUGUGAGGCUCUGGAAGGCUGUGAGGACACGCUUCAGGACAGCCAGGGCAGGCAGGCCUUGCUGUGGCUGCUGGGUGUGCACGGGGACCGUGUCUCCAGCGCCCCCUACGUGCUGGAGGCCUUCGUGGAGCAGGUGAGGAGCGAGAUGGCGGCGGGCGUGAAGACGGAGCUGCUCACCGCCACCAUGCGGGUGUUCCUGUGCCGGCCCGCUGAGACACAGGACACCCUGGGGAGACUGCUGCACUACUGCAUAGAGGAGGAGGCAGACAUGAACGUGCGGGACCAGGCCCUGCUCUACUACCGCCUGCUGCACUGUGGGAUAGAGGAGACACGCUCGGUCCUGCAAGGUCGAAGGUCGGACCCAUCUCUGGGUGUCCUGAUUGGCCGGCCCGCUGAGCCCGUCAGCCAAUGGGCGCGCAGCUUCAACACGCUGGAACCCCUGAGACAGUGCAACGCGGGGGCCGAGUCGGCCCCACAGGCAGCCCCCUAUCACCUGGCCCUCGACCCUGAGCCAAGCCUCGACCUCUGUGACCCCCUGAACCCCAGCCAGGACCGACAGGAGACCGCAGCAGCAGAGAGUGUGAACCUCCUGCUCCCCGGCCCCUCCGCUGGGCCCCUGGCCCAGGGCCCCACCGCCGGGCCCCCAGCCCCGGGCUCUGGGGGGGGGCAGCUCGGCCUGUCCCUCUCCCCGGCCCUCAGCCCCCAGCAGUUUGAGCACUUGUGGCUGGGAGGCCCCCAGGGCCCGCAUGGAGAGCCAGGUGCCAGGGAGGAGGAGUGUGUCUGCGUGCAGGAGAGGAUGGGGGUCUCCCCCGCCCUGCAGCGCUCCCCCCCCCCACAGCUUCAGGCGGCGCUGCAGCGAUCCCACAUCCAGACCAUGGCCUUCACCCCGCCACACACCCUGCCCUGGAGGGUCUACCUGUACACACACACCCGCUGGGGGGGCCCGGCGCCGCGGGGCCCCACCCUGGUGCUGGGGGAGCUGCUGUACACCGGGGGGGCGGAGGACCAGGAGGGGGAAGCAGAGGGCGGGGAGCGGGGGCUGAGGGUGACGGCCAAGCAGUGGCCCCGGGACGACGAGGCCAUGAAGGGCUUCCUUCAGGUCCUCAGUGGCGCGCUGCACACCUCUUCUACAGGGAGCUGUUGAGCUCAUU